AUGAAGGCCAGCUUCUUGCAUUUGCGCCGCAGGCAAUCGGUCGCCCAUUCCUCCUCAUUCGCAAAUUGCGUGUGGGUGGUGCGAUCGAGAAGCUUGACAUCGAGGACGCGCUUUAUGCCGCGCGGGGUCUCCUCCUUGCGCUCCUCGACGAUCAGGGCGGCCACAUGCACGAUUCGAUACCGAGACGAACGCGACAGUCGGCACGCGCACCACCUGAGCCUUCACCUCUCCCUUCAUUCUUGCCCGUCUCCCCGUCUCGUGCCAAUCUUGUUGGCGCGUUCUUGA